AUGAGUGGAGAAUAUCAAGCUCAAAAGAUGUAUUGCUUUUGGGUUAAGUUGAGCAUAAGGGAGAAACAUGUUGCAGUUUUUGCAUUCCCUUUUGCCUCACACCCUUCUAGCCAACUAAAACUCACUCGUCACCUGGCUUCCGCAGCCCCAACAGUGGUUUUCUCAUUCUUCAACACUGCAAAGUCUAACCGCGCUUUGUUCGCUGAACUCAGUUGCGACAACAUAUUACCGUAUGAUGUAUCUGAUGGCUUACCCAACAAUGAUGUUUUUGUUGGAAGUCCUCUAGAUGCUAUUAACUUGUAUCUCCCUGGGGCGGAGGAAGAGUUGAGGAGGGCUGUUCGAGUGGCGGAGAAGGAUACCGGAAGAAAUAUUACUUGUCUGGUUGUGCAUGCUUUCAUCUGGUUUGCUGCUGACAUGGCUGAGGAAAUGAACAUUCCAUGGGUCGCCUAUUGGAGUGCCGGAACUUGUUUUUUGGCUGCACAUUUUUACACUGAUCUCAUUAGGCAAAAAACUGGACCAGAUGAUGAAAUAACCGACUUGAUCCCGGGGCUCAAAGUGGUCCUACUAGGCGACUUACCAAGCGAAGUCGUCUUUGGAGACCUGCAAUCACCGUGCGCAAUCAUGUUACAUAAGAUGGGGAGAAACCUAAGUAGGGCGAGUGCUGUUCCCGUAAACUCUUUCCAAGAACUAGACCCGGAUCUAGCCAAAAACCUCUCUUCAAAGUUGAACAAUUUCGUCCACAUUGGUCCCUCAAAUCUCAAGUUUUUCACGCUGAUCUAA